GCCCCGGCCGGAAGUCCCCUCGCCGCCGCUUCCUCACGCGAAGGCGUGGUGCGGGCCCGCCGGUCCCGCCAGAUGGGCGGUUGAGGAGGGGCCAGAGCGGCUGCGGGGAUCUUCCCUAGGGCGGCGAGGCCGCGGAGGGCGCGGGGGUGGAGGCCCGCGGCGCUAUGGCUCACGUCAGCUCUCGCAAGCGCUCCAAGAGCCGAAGCCGGUCCCGGGGCCGCGGGUCGGAAAAGAGGAGGAAGAAGAGCAGUAAGGACGCUGCUCGGAGCUGCUCGGCUUCUAGAUCCCAAGACCACAAGGCCAGCAACACGUCCUCUGGGGUGGAGGCCUCACCUUCUCCCUGCAUCACAGAGAGAAGCAAGCACAAGGCCCGGAGGAGACCACGGUCCAGCUCCUCCUCCUCUUCUUCCAGUUCUUCUAGCUCUUCUUCCUCUUCGUCCUCCUCCUCUUCCUCCAGCGAUGGCCGGAAGAAGCGGGGGAAGCACAAGGACAAGAAGAGGAAGAAGAAGAAGAAGAAAAGGAAGAAGAAGUUGAAGAAGAAAAGCAAGGAGGAGGUAAAGCUGCAGCAGGGCGAGGCUCUGCCGGGACCCUCGCUCGACCAGUGGCACAGAUCGGCUGAGGAGGAAGAGGAUGGGCCAGUCCUGACGGAUGAACAGAAGUCCCGCAUCCAGGCCAUGAAGCCCAUGACCAAGGAGGAGUGGGAUGCCCGGCAGAGCAUUAUCCGGAAGGUGGUGGACCCAGAGACAGGACGCACCAGGCUCAUUAAGGGAGAUGGUGAGGUCUUAGAGGAAAUCGUGACGAAGGAACGACACAGAGAGAUCAACAAGCAAGCCACCCGAGGGGAUGGCCUGGCCUUCCAGAUGCGAGCUGGGCUGCUACCCUGAGGGCCCUGCUGGCUCAUUUUGAUGGCCUGGCCUGGAGGCUGGCUUCAGAGCGGGCACCAGUGUGCUUGUCUUUCCUCCUGUGGACCGACCUCUGGCCCGGCCUCCUCUCAGAUCCGGGGGUAGAAGACAGGGUCACUGGCCUAAUCAGUUCCCCCAUCUCCUGAAAGAGCAUAACUUCCCAAAUAUUAAAUGUUCCCUGGUUGGAAACUUU